AUGAUGGGCGUUGGGGACGACGAUGGUAGUGUGAGGGUGAAUUCGAACGGUGCUUAUCUGCAUAUAAGUAUCUGGAAAGCUGAACUUGAAAUAUUGACAUACCAUGGUAUGUCAAUAUUUCAAGUUGAAGCUAUUUUAAGAUUUUUUUCACGAUCGACUCAUUGGCGACAUUUGAAUAUGAGAUUUGUGACUCUUGAAACCACAAAUAAUAAUCACACGUAUCAAAUUAUAUACGAUACAAGUACAAGUAGCACACAGGCCAUCAUUUCAUUUUUACCAAAUGCUCAAAAUCUAUCAAAAAGCAAAAAAGUUCCGAGAAAUUCAAUAGUUGUUAAACUGUGUGAGCAAUUGCAAAUUCGAACAACAUUUCGUUGUAAUACAACUAUAUCGGAUAAUAUGAUCGAAUAUUCUUACAUUGUUAUAUACAAGGAACAAUGUUAUGAAAUCGACUGGAUUCAUACAUCAGCCUUUUUGCGUAUAAUAAGUGUUAUAAAAACCCGAAAUGACUGGAUAACACUAUUAAAAGAGUGGAUAACAUUAUCCAAGUUAAGAAAUUUAACGAUAAUAGAGGAACAAAAACAAUUUAUAACGAUGAAUUUACAAACCAGUACUCAAAUUUACUUAACAACACAGCUGACAAAUACCGCAAAUAUAAUAAAGUUUGAAAGCUCUUCUAAGUCACCUUUUUUGAAUUUUCACUCGACAACUGUUCGAUAUAUUGUUGUAGUUCUAAUUAGUAUCGUGUGUCUAAUGAAUGUUGUAUUCUGUUGUACGUUGAUGAGACAAAAUAGAUCAUCACUAUUCUCCAUAUCAAGAUCAAAACUAAAGAAUCCACAACCAGAUGAUACAUCGGAGUAUAAUAUUAGUCCAACUGGAUCAAACAUGAACACACCACCCGCAUUAAUACUAGAUGAACCAUCAACACCCACCUAUCUUUUUAGAUCAACAACAAAACAUUGA